UUAUCCUAGGUCUUGAUGGCUUGGAAACGAAUUCCUGUUCUUUUUACUGUAUGCAGUUGUAUGUUGUAGCGAGUAAGCAUCAAAGAACGACAAGACGCGUUCUUCUUCCAGCAGAAACUAAUAAGACCACCGUCUAGCACGACGGAUCUAAGCAAGGUAACGCGUUAUGUUGGAAUUCAACACACCGGCUACUACCACAGCUAGCGCAAGUUCCAUGCUGUCCAUGUUGAACAUGAACAUGGAGGCCUCACGGCAGAAUGUUUUCUUCCUGGGAAAUCCUCAAUUGGCCGCCUUACACAGCAUCAGUGAUAUGAAGAGUACAGCUUUAUCUCCCUAUCCCAGUACCCAGGACGGCAAAUCGUCGGUCCUCAGCACUCCGCACGGUAUAAACGAUAUUCUCCGCCGACCCAUACACACUUCAGCACAAACUCUUGGCACGCUAGGAGCUCUUCCACGCUUUAGCCUUGGAAUGGGAACAGCAGGAAUGUACUUCAAUCCAGCCAACGGUAGUAUCCACAAGUUGGGCUUGGGGGAUCUCCCCGCCAGACCUCAUCUCUACUGGCCAGGAAUGGUACAAAACCCAGCUCUGUGGAGAGACCGAUUCGCUUCAGCUGCUGGCUCUCUAGAUAAAGACGGCAAGAAGAAACAGACUCGACCCACUUUCUCCGGACACCAGAUCUACGUGCUAGAAAAAACUUUUGAGCAAACUAAGUACCUGGCCGGGCCAGAAAGAGCUAAGCUUGCUUAUGCUCUAGGAAUGUCCGAAAGUCAAGUUAAGGUAUGGUUCCAGAACCGGAGAACCAAGUGGCGGAAGAAACACGCGGCAGAGAUGGCUACGGCUAAGAAGAAGCACGACACAGAGCAACUACGCCAAGACGACAGCUCUGAUCAGGAAGUCGACUUGGAUGGUUCAGAUUGCAAACGGCUCAAGUCUGACGACGAGCAGUCAGACUACUUUCCGCAAGAUGUCGAAUCUCCUGAUAGUUUCACGCCAGUUUAAGAAAUACUUUUUUCUCUGGACACAUAGUUUGAAAUUAUGUUCGUGACAAAAGGUGCAAUAAGCAAGAAUGAACGACAAACUAAACAGAUUAAUGCCCGAAAUGGUUAGCUAAGUGUUCAUCUGUUUCUGAGAACUCGGUGUACAUAUAUAUAUAUAAUAGAAGAAUGAGAUCAAUCUGAUCAUGUCUCAAAGUAUAUGAUCCGAGAGCGGAUUUUGAACUAGUUUUAAAUAAUAAAAGACAUGUGAUUCACUUGUUUAGAACAUAGAACUUUCUUGUGAAGAACAUCAAGUUUUAUUUACAAAGAUAUGGCAAAGAGCGCCUCCUAUAAUGGAGGAAAGAAUCCUCUAUCACGAUCAAAUCUUAUGAAGAGGUACGAAAACUGUACAUAUAUUUUUAAGUAUUUUAGACCAAAUUAUAAAAUAUGUUCUCGUAGAUUCUAAUCUAAGCAGGAAGAUUUUAUCUACAAUCACCUUCACUCAUGUCUUUGUUGAUAUAUAGCAUCGGUUAAUUCCAAGUAGGUUAUUUUCUACGUAUUUUACAUUGAUUAUGCCAUCUAAGUUUUUGUUCAAUUAAUUGUAUUAUAAAGGAAUUAAUUAAUUUAUAUUUGCCUUCCUCAAACUUCAGAAUAACCAUUAUAGUCAGUGUAUACUAGGGUAGAAUGUUAUAGCAUAAACAAAGUUAUUCAAUAAAAAAAGAUCUUAGAACAACGUGAAGAAUGUUUAAUAAGAUUACAAUAAAGAUGGCUUC